GUUACCCUCUUCCGCUCUCCCCUCCAUAAUGGCCCAAGAGGCCAUUGCUCCAAACGAUGCUUCCUAACUGUCUGUCCUGCACAUUUCACGCAAACAACGACGAUGCUGAGCUCCUGCGCUGGCGGCGGCGGCGGCCAUCCGGGCUCGCCACAGAAGCAUGGCAGAUGCGAGGAGCAAGAGGCCCCAGAUGGGUUCUUGGAGACGGCAGGGGCUUCGCCAGCACCACCUUCAUCUUGUUCCUUUCUUGGAACCACCGGCUUUCCGAGGGCGCAGAUGCUGAGCUUCUCCAAUGAUGUAGCGGGGUUGGGUUUGAGCUCAGGGACAAGCAUGCAGGGUUUUUUGGCAAGGGUUAGGGGGCCAUUUACCCCAACUCAGUGGAUGGAGCUUGAGCACCAGGCCCUUAUCUACAAGCACAUAGCUGCAAAGGCCCCUGUGCCAUCCAGUUGGCUCCUCCCCAUCAGGAGGAGCCUCAAUCCAUGGGCAGGAUGGGCACCAUUUCGUUCCAGCGGUGCUGAUGUAGAACCCCGAAGAUGUCGCCGCACAGACGGCAAGAAGUGGCGGUGCUCCAGAGAUUCUGUUGGGGACCAAAAGUACUGUGAGCGACACAUAAACCAUGGUCGCCAACGUUCAAGAAAGCAUGUGGAAGGCCGAAAGAUGACAACCACCGUUGCCGAACAAACCAUGGCUGUUUCUGGUGGUUUUUCAUCACACUGCCAGGCCGUGGCUUGGCAGCAGCAGGUGAAAAGCUUAGCUGCUAAUGUGACUGAUCCUUUCCCAAGACAGUCCAAUAGGGAACCACUGGAGAAGCAGAGUGUAGUCGAGCAAUCAUUGGUAUCCACUACAAUGCAUUCCUUUGAUUUCUCGUCAUCACAUUCUUCUUCAAAUUGUGACAAAGUAGCAUUUUUACCACUGAAGUUGCAUCAUGAUCUUGACCAGUCUUACAUUACACAUGGAGCGGGCAGUUCAUCAGAAAAAGGUUAUAGGUUGCAGGAAACUUGGUCGCCAGUAACUAGGGAAACACUUGACGAUGGACCUCUAGGUGAGGUUUUCAGAAGCAAGAGUUGCCAGUCAGCUUAUGGAACAUCUUAACUGACAAAAUGGAUCGAGAGCCCAAGUUAGAUCCUCCAACUGGAAUCCUAAGUCUCGUGUCCAGCAGCAACACUAAAAAGUGGGUCCUGUACCAGAGAAUCACAGCACUAAUAAUUCCUAUCUCAUGGGGUGCCGGUAGAACGCACAACCUCGGAGGCCCAGCUCUCUUUUCAAGUGUUCCGGCUGGUCUUGUGGAAUCACAAAUAACUAAAACUAUGUUCAUGUCUAGUGUUUAUUGGUAUAUAUUUUUUGUAUUUUCUUUCUUUAUUAUGUGUUCGAGUCCUUCAGCUUCUGUUGUGGUGUAUUGUUGAUUUCAAUUGUCUGUUUUGUUGACCCGUUACAUCAAAUCGCGUAGAGACCUGCAGAAUCUAUAUGAGCAUUGAAAAAAAAAUCUAUGUAUUAGUUGGUUUA